AUGUCGGUUGAGUACUUGACGCAGCCAUCCUUUGGUGACUUGCAGCCAUCUCGAGAUGCAUUCACGUAUGUGGAAAAGGGCAUGCGAUUUAUUGGCUGGAUGCCGCCAUCGAGAGACCAUCCCAAAUACUGGAGCUACUGCGCCUAUGCGUUCUUAGUAACGGGCUUAGCUGGCGCCUAUAUGCCCUUUGCCUUCUUCCUCAGCUACUUCGUCAACUUCAGUGGCUUCACGCCUGGAGAUUUUCUAACUUCCAUACAGGUCGCAUUCAAUUCGGCUUGCCUGGGAGUAAAGCUCAUCCUUAUCCUACCGAAUCUGUGGCGCUUCGAGCAGUUAAAGCAGCUACUCGAUAUAUUGGAUAGGCCAUGCAUCCAGGAGGGAGCAGGCGAAGUGAUACAUCGUUGCGUCGCACGCUGUAAUUUCAUCUAUAUGGUCUAUCAGGCAGCGUACACCUCAUACACCGUGCUGACCUGCGUAAGCUCCUUUUUAACCGGGUCUACCCCUUGGGGAAUCUACAUUCCGUUCGUGGAUUCCCAUUCAAGGCGCGUUGAGCGAUUGCGCAGGGGCCAGAGCCAAAGCGACGAUGAGGAGUACGCGAAGCUGGUCAACUGCAUUAAAGAUCACAAAAAUAUUCUGCAAUUUUCGAACGACAUUCGACCACUUGUAACAGGCCCGAUAUUUGCUCAGUUUCUAUCGAUUGGCUUGAGCCUGGGCCUCGCGAUGGUUAAUUUAAUGUUCUUUUCCACUAUCUGGACGGGUAUGGCCACGUUCGUCUUCAUUAUGGUCUUGAUGAUCGAAACAUUUCCGUUUUGUUUCAUCAGCGAGCUGAUUGCAGACGAUUGCAUCGAUCUGACUCAUGCCAUUUUUCAUUCGGAUUGGGUAAGUGCGAGCAAGCGUUAUAAGGCGACUCUUGCGUUCUUUCUGCAUCAGACCCAACAGCCGAUUGUCUUCAUUGCCGGCGGUAUCUUUCCUAUCUGCAUGAGAACCAACAUUGAGAUGGCCAAGCUGGCAUUCUCAGUGGUAACGAUUGUCAAGCAAAUGAAUAUUGUCGAGAAACUAAAGUGAAAACAAUUUUCUGAAAUUAUAUGCACGUUGAAUUGCACGUAGGAAUGCUCUAAACACCUGUA